AUGUCCCAGGAUUCCAAUGAAACCAAGGGAGACACUUUAGUCUUCUACGUGAACGGUGUAAAGGUCACAGAAUCAAAGCCGGAUCCGGAAAUGACCUUGCUGACCUACAUCAGGACGAAAUUACAUCUGACUGGCGCCAAACUUGGGUGCGGAGAAGGAGGAUGUGGGGCCUGUACCGUGAUGGUGUCUAGAUACCUUCCAGCCAUAGAUGUUGUCAGACACUACAGUGUCAACGCCUGUCUAGCGCCUCUGUGCUCCAUGCAAGGUCUGGCUGUCACAACUGUGGAGGGAAUAGGCAAUAUGAAAAACAUUCACCCAGUACAGGAAAGGAUAGCCAAGUUCCAUGGGUCCCAGUGUGGGUUCUGCACUCCAGGCAUCGUCAUGUCCAUGUACACACUUCUGAGGAACAACCCCACCCCAACAGAUACAGAAAUGGAGGCAUAUUUCGAUGGAAAUCUGUGUCGAUGUACAGGCUAUCGGCCGAUACUUGAUGGCUUUCGUACUUUUACCAAGGAGUUCAAGUGUGCUCUUGGGGAGCAGUGUUGUCAGAAGAGGUCAACAGCAACCAAUCACAGCAGCUCAAACACAGUUCUGGGACCAAAAAUCACCAGUCUCAAGCCUUACGACCCAACUCAGGAACCCAUAUUUCCUCCAGAUUUGAAGGUGAAUUACUGGAAGUUUCAUGGAAGUUCUCACACAUUCAUUGGUCCCAAUGUUAUGUGGAUACAGCCCUCAACUUUGACUGAAUUGGUUGAGCUGAAAGCCAGAUACCCCAGUGCUAAACUUGUGGCUGGAAAUACAGAAAUAGGUGUGGAAACCAAGUUCAAGAACAUGAACUAUCCUGUUCUGAUUUCCACAACCAACGUGCCGGAGCUCCAGUCAGUCAGUGUCAGUGAGGACGGUGUGACGAUUGGUGGUGCUGUGACUUUGUCACAGUUUAACGAUGAACUGAAGAAGGUUAUUCUUUCAUUUCCAGAACACAAAACCAGAGUCAUUUCUUCUAUAGUGGAGAUGUUACAGUGGUUUGCUGGUCACCAGAUCAGGAAUGUGGCUUCAGUUAGUGGAAACAUCAUGACUGCCAGUCCCAUAUCAGAUCUGAACCCACUCUUUCUGGCAGCCGAAGCCACAGUUUGUGUCCAGUCGCAAGAGCGUGGUAGGAGAUUGGUGAAAAUUGACAAAAGUUUCUUCUGUGGCUACAGAAAGACAGCAGUGGCCAGCGAUGAAGUGUUGCUGUCUGUUAUAAUCCCAUUUACCCGGAAGAAUGAAUACUUUGCUGGGUACAAACAAGCGAACAGGAAAGAAGAUGACAUCUCACUAGUUACUGCAGGCAUGAAAGUGGCCGUCUCAAAGGUCAACACCAUUAACAAGGUCAUCUUGGCUUUUGGAGGCAUGGGAGUGACGACACUGCUGGCAAACACAACCAUGGAGAGUAUCGUUGGAGAUGAAUGGACCGAUCCAUUGGUAGCAAAAGUGAGUGAACUCCUGGCUGGUGACCUGCCUUUGUCGCCUGGUGCCCCAGGUGGGUUUGUGGAGUUCCGCCAAGCUUUGGCACUCAGCUUUUUCUUCAAGUUCUUUGUCACAGUCCGGCAACAGAUCCUCAAGGAUGAGGUUGUGAAAGACCUCAGUGCCAUCCAGUCAAUGGAAAAACCAGCAUGCAAAUCAAUGCAGGUUGUUGGUGGAAUGGAUGCCCGACUGCGGACCCAUGAUGUUGUUGGCAAACCCAUUGUGCACUCCUCAGCCCUACAGCAGAGUACAGGGGAGGCAGUCUACUUAGAUGACAUGCUGCCUGUUGAAGGUGAACUCCACAUGGCUUUGGUGACCAGUACUCAUCCUUAUGCAGACAUUCUCAGCAUUGACCCAUCCCGUGCCCUGUCUACUCCUGGUGCUGUAGACUUUGUAUCGGCCACAGAUGUGCCAGGUGUGAACUCUCUUGGGAUUUAUAUGGAUACUGUAUUUGCUACCAAAGAAGUAACCUGCCAGGGACAAGUGAUUGGUGCCAUAGUCGCACAGACCCAAGCCCUGGCUAGAAGUGCUGCCAGAUUGGUUGACAUUCAGUAUGAAGACAAGCAGCCUGUUGUUAUCACAAUAGAGGAUGCCAUCAGACAUGAAUCCUACUACAAACCGUUCCGGAAGAUACAGACUGGGAAUCUGGAAGCAGGAUUUAGCUCCAGUCAGUACAUUCUGGAGGGGGAGGCCUACGUUGGUGGACAGAAUCACUUCUACAUGGAGACCAUGUCCACUCGAGUCUUGCCUGGAGAGAAUGGAGAACUGGAAGUCUUUGCUUCAACACAGAACCCAUCAUCCUUCCAGAUUGACUUGGCAAGAGUUCUUGGUAUUCCAUCCAGCAAGAUUGUUGUGCGAGUGAAAAGACUGGGUGGUGGUUUUGGUGGCAAGGAGAGCCAGAUUGUCCUCUCAGGCAUCCCUGCUGCAGUGGCAGCCAGCAAACUAAGAAGACCUGUCCGCUGUGUGUUAGACCGAGACGUUGACAUGAUCACUACUGGAAACAGGCAUCCAUUUCUCGGCAGAUACAAAGCAGGAGCUCUGGUCCACAUCUACAGAGAUGGGUACGUCCUUGUGGCUCACUCUGGCACAGAAAUGGGACAAGGACUUAACGUCAAAGUGGCUCAGAUUGCCAGUGAAGUCCUAGAGAUCCCCCUCUCACUUAUUCACAUCAGUGAAACAGCCACAAAUGCGGUUCCAAACACUUCGCCAACUGCAGCGAGUGUAGGCACAGAUGUCAAUGGAAUGGCUGUCAAGAACGCCUGUGAAGUGCUAAAGGAAAGAUUGAAGCCUUACUUCCAGAAAAUGCCAAAUGCACAGUGGGAAGAAGUGGUUCAUGCUGCCUACAUGGACUCAGUGAGUUUAUCUACAACUGGAUUUUAUGCCACGCCAAAUGUCGGCUAUGACAUGGAUACCCAGACAGGAAGACCGUACGCAUAUUACACAUUUGGAACAGCAUGUACGGAAGUACAGAUAGAUUGUCUCACUGGAGAUCAUAAGCUGCUGCGUACAGACAUCGUCAUGGAUGUUGGAAACAGCGUCAACCCCGCCAUUGAUGUUGGACAGAUAGAAGGAGCAUUUGCUCAGGGUUACGGCCUCCAUCUGUUGGAGGAUGUGAAAGUGACACCUGAUGGCUCCCAUCUGACACGUGGCCCAGGAAACUACAAGAUCCCUGCCUUCGGAAACAUUCCUGCCGAGUUUAACGUCCACCUGGUGCCUGACAGUCCCAACCCCAACGCUAUAUUUGCUUCCAGGGCUGUUGGGGAGCCUCCACUGUUGCUGGCAAGCUCAGCGUUGUUUGCGGUCAAGGAAGCCAUCCGAGCAGCACGCCAAGAUACUGGAGCCAGCAUAAAGUUUCAGCUCAACAGUCCAGCUCUUCCGGCAGACAUCCGCAUGGCAUGCCAGGAUGACUUUGCCAAGAAGUUUCCUAGAAUUGAUCCCAAGACAUACAAGCCAUGGGCAGUCACUCUGUAA